AUGAAACAAAAUUAACAAUUAGAAUUAAGUAAAGAGAAAGUCCCUUUAUUCAAAUUCAUUCUUAUAGGAGAUUAAUGUAUUAAGAAUUUUCACACUUAGCUGUUGGAAAAAGUUGUAUUGUAGAACGCUUUCAAAACGAAUAGUUUAGCUACAAAACUAAAGCAACAAUUGGAGUGGAAUUUAUUAAAAAAUUGGUUUAGGUUGAUAAAGGUUUGGUAGAGAUCUAAUUAUGGGAUACAGUAUUAAUAUACAAUGUUAUUAUUUUUAUUAGGCUGGAUAGGAACAAUUUCGUAGUAUGAUCAGAGGAUUUUAUCGUGGAUCGGCAGCUGUAAUCAUUGUAUAUAGUGUCAACUAAAAAGAAUCGUUUGAUUAAUUGUCAAUCUGGAUGAAUGAAAUAGAAUAACAUGCACAUCCUGAGAUUAUUAAAGUUUUAGUUGGCAACAAAUGUGAUUUACCAAGGGAAGUUGAAAAAUAAGAGGCUGAGUCAUUUAUGAAUAAUAAUCAAUUUAGUUUAUUUUUCGAAACAUCUGCAAAAACUGGGGAAAAUGUUGAAGAAGUAUAAAUUAUAUAUACUAUUACUAUAGGCAUUUGUAUAAGCAGCUAAAUUAGUACUACUAAAGUAUCUUAGUAGCGAAUCAUUUAGAUAAGCUACUAGAGUCAAUAAAAAGUCAGCUGAUCCCAUUAAUAUAAUUAAAUCAUUUAAUGAAAAUUAAUCAUAUGAAGGAUAAUCUCCAAGUCAAUAGAAAAAUUCAAACUCAUCUGGAUGCUGUUGA